AUGCCAAACCCCAUGGACGACCGUCUGCGCGUAGUGGCCGUGAUGCAUGCUUUGAAAGCAUCUGGAGUUCGCGUGAAAAAUUGGAAGAACUUCUUCAAUGGGCAGUACACGAGCGACCCUGUCAGACCGGUAACAAACAUUGACAAAAUGUUCCCUGAACGGUUAACCUCAAUGCUUCAAUCAAGUUUAUUGUCAACACACACAAUGCUGCGCCACCUUAGACUUGUUGAUUAUUUGUUGAUGAUUACUCCCAAGGUCACAUUUUUGGAAUAUUCAAAUGUAUUAAUCAUAAUUUGCAAACGACCAAUGUUGAGUGAUUGUUGUAGAAAGCAUUUAUAGUACCUCUAUGAUCUGUAGAUGGAUGUCUUUCAGGAGAACCAAUCUAAAUUUGCCUUUGGUCGGGAGCUGACCUUGCUGCCCCAGUGCCAUUUAACUGAUAUGAGUGGGACAGUGCCAAAGUAUGUCAACUUGAGUUGUACUUUUGCUUUAAAUACAAUCAAAUUGGGAGAUGCGAUUUGUUUAAAAUCAAAUAUAUUCUGGUUACAAUGAACAACUGGUCAUGACAAACUUACAUUUGAGUGAUCUAACUAUUCCAACUUAGGUUCUUGGUGGACGCCUGUGAAUUUUUAUCCCAGCAUCUUCAUACUGAAGGGCUGUUUCGAAAGACGGGGUCGUUGAGUCGGAUCCGAGCUCUGAAGGUAAGACUGCACAGGAGAGAUGUGCAGGAAAAUCCACUUUCUUACCCCAAUGAGUAUCUUUUUUAUGUUGACCAUCUACCUCAUAAUAGGCUGGCCUGGAGCAGGGGGAGCCAGUCUUUUCUCUGCCACAUUCAGCCACUCUGCAGUCCUGUGAUGUGGCGUCUCUUGUGAAGCAGUUCUUACGGGAGUUGCCCUCUCCUCUCAUCCCUAUGGAUCUACAGGUGCCACUGUGCCGUGCACAGGGCUUAGAGGAGCAGGGGGGCCAGGAGCAGGGCAAAGAUGGAGUCACUCUUCUUCUUACAGCCCUGUUCCCUCUUUCUCAUUCACGGGCCCUCCGAUACUUCUGCACCUUCCUGAGACAGACGGCUCAAAGGUUUGUCUCCGGAAAUUCAUGAUUACUUUUCCUUUCAUCUGCAUUGUUCCUCCAUUCUCCACUAAGUUUCUCCAUCUCCAAUCCCUCGCUUUCACAAGAUGUGAAGAGAAUCGUAUGGAAGUGGGCAAUCUGGCCCUUGUGAUUGCACCUAAUCUGCUACAUUGUCCAGCUGGGGGCUCUAAACUGACCACAGGCACAGAGAGACAACUGAAUAGACAAGCAGCAGUGAUCAAGACACUCAUAAUACAUGCAGAUCAUAUUGGUAAGUUCUGAGAACUAUACAUUUGUGUUUGUAUAGUAGCUGAUGACGGGUGUUUGAUUUAAUGUUGACACUGAUUUCAAUCCUCUGUACGUCCAUAAGGUGUCGUUCCCUCUUCUGUUAUGGACAUGGCAACAGUAGCAGAGUCGGGUGAAUCCACCACACCCCCAGUUGACGGGGGGAGGUUUCAGGAGAGGGCAGGACUUGGUGUGUAUAGAAGUUUAAGGCGUCAAAGGAGGCGCAGUGUUGGAGGUGAGAGUUUUGCAAUGAUGGGGUUAUGAGGUUCAUGCUGUGAAAAUAAUUUAAGAAUACGCUGCUGUUAAUUCAUGAAUUCAGUUUUUUUUUUUUUUGCUUGAUCUCUCCAGAGAUAUUUGUGGAUGCUCUCAGUAAAUUCAAGACAGGACGCACACACACUGGCCCUUCACAUCCCCCAGACAGUACGUGCAUAAUGUUGUGGUAAAGAUAUUAUUUUUGCUGCUUAAUAACUGGUUGCAUAGUUCCGAUGCUUUUAGUAAAAAGUCAUGCUGAAAUGAUCUAGUCGUCAGUAAUAGCCAAUAGGUGUGUUGUCCCUGACUUUAUAACCUUGACCUCACAGGCCAGCAAAAUACAAAGACAGCUCACCACACCACACUUCAAUCACCAGUCACAUCCAAACGAAAAUCGACCGAAGAUACUGUCCCUGAUGUAGAGGGCUCUGCUAAAAAAAGGUACUUAUAAAAUAAAUAUAUAUAGAUGAACCACCUUAAAGAUUCUGUUUUAAAUGCUUUACAUGGAGCUAAUACCAUCAUUCUCUGUAUACAGACGCUCUAUCCAUGACCUUAGAGAAGACAACCAAUCCAUCAGCAAACUACACUCAAAUGGUGACGUAUUUGUAGCCUGUACUGCAGUAUAGCUUUAUGUCAGUCGAAUAAGAUAGGGUAUGACAAGUUCUAUGUUUUGACUGUCCGAGUAGAUUCGGAGUCGGCAAUCGGCAAAAGCCCUUCCAGUACUCGCACCUCUGUCCUGAGUGUAUUGGAGGGCACUAGAGAGCAGGAGCUGUCUGUCACUCUCAGUGCCUCAGAGAAGAAGAGGAAUCACAAAAAAGAUCAUAAAACAUCAAACAAGUAAAUCUUAAGUAUCAUAAGCAUCUUAUAUUGAACCCUUGUUUGUCUAUUGCCUUGUUUUUGUGGCUGAUGAGGUGACAAACUGUGUGUGUAUCUUUCCUGAAGGCAUCCGGUGCAAGAGGACAAGGCUCAUCGAAGGAGAUCUCUCAGAUUCUUCAACAUGCCAAGCUGGAGCAGCCCUGUAAGUCUGGCGCUCUUCACUCUUCUGUCCUAACACUGGGUCUUCGCAUAGCUCACGUUUGUCUUUUGACAGGCCACUCUAUUGUUUGACUUCUCUGUGACUUUAUUCACAGAACCCUUCCCCCACAUCCAUUGGGAAUGACACUGAGAAUUGGAUCAAUGGCAGUAGGACGUUAUCUGAUGGUAUGACUGAAGCAUCCAGCUCUGAGGUUGGACCGUACAGGAUUCCUGUCAAAAUUAUUGAUGGCCCUGGACGAGGUUUGGAUAGUUUUUUUUAAAUUGGCCAUUACAUUGACAUUUUAGUCAUUUAGCAGACGCUCUUAUCCAGAGCGACUCACAGUUGUAGUAAGUACAUUUUUCCUCAACAAAGAAGUUAUCAGCAAAGUAAGUGCUAGUAGGAAAAUACCAUGUAUCCACAUGUUACUCACUUAAAUACUCAAUGUGACAUUUUAUCUGUAUUCAGUUCUAGUGGGGAAUGAGAUGGAGGAUGAACCCGAUCUGCUGAACUACAGCUUCACUGAAAAUGUUGAUGACUUCCUGGAUCUCGCGACAUUGGACUCGCCUACCGGGACAGAAGAUGGGGAAUCAUGUGAAUGCUCUGAGCUCAAGUUGGAAAAUGAGACAAUAGAGGAAACAGUUAGACAGUAUGAAACUAACAGUGUAUUGUGGGGUCUGGAGCAGGUUGGGAUGAAAGAGGAACCGGAAGAGAUCGGUCUAAGUAAAAAGCUGUCAAAAGUGGAUAUGUCUGGCAGGGUCGGUCAGAAGCCCCGUCGCCCUCGUCGCUCCAUCAGUAUGCCAGAGGUGACAUUGGACCAACUGAGGAUUGAAGAUGAAAUGGACAAGAAGGAGAAAGAAGAUCCAGUCUUUGAGGACACCUGGGUUAUGGUGGCGGAACCCCAACCAGCCAGAACCAGAACCGUAGUGGAUGAAGGUCUGUGUAAAGGAAUGGAUGAAGCAGAAGAGUUGGAGGAAAAAGCGUUGGUGAAGAAAGAGAAGAUGACAGAGUCAGGACUGGGUUUUAAGAGGACACACCAGCGCAUGUCUUUAGCAGAGCACCUCGGGCGUUUCAACGCUCUGGCAACGCUGCUCCGUACCCCCAGGGUUCCUCCCCCGCCCCCUGAACCCCAGCUCAACGAUGUCCUGCGUGAGAGUCAGCGGGAGGGGGGUCAGAGGAGCGUUGGACGUCUGCGUCGGCAGGGAGCACGGCGCUUUGGGCGCUCCAUCAGUCACGAUGGUGUUCCCGGAUCUUUGUCAAGACAAGCUUCUAAGAAUCAGCAAGAUGAACCAGGGGUUUUUCAAAGCCCCAGUGAGCCAGUUCUAUGUCCACCACCAGAGCCAACUCUUUAUCAAUUUACCCAAGAGGGGCAGAAUGAAAUCCAACAUACACCAGGUCCUCAACUACAACAGGAUAACCCCUUGCAAACCCUCCAGUAUUUGUAUACUCCUCCAUCACUAAAUCCGAAACAGAACCAGGAAUCUCGCCAAAGGCAAUUUAACAAAUCACAAUGGCAUCUCAGGGAAAGCCAACUGAAACGGUUGGAGGAACAAUGCACAGAGUCAGGUCUGCACGACCUGCUGGAGAUGCACUUGAAUAUAUGUGAACCAAAGGAGGAGCAAGGGCAAGACAUUACAGUUCCAAUGCAGUUGGAUAGACCGUCUCAGACAGACACGAUCUUAGAUGUUCUACCUCAGACCAUGGCCCCCCUACAGCAGAAGCCCCAAACUACUGAUGUCAAACUUCCCCUCCCUUCUCCUCUAACCCCUCCUCUCUCUCAAACAGAAACAUGCUCUCCCAGUCCCAUUAUACCCUCUUACACACCGAUAGACAGAACAUCAUCAACUGAACUCUACACUGAUCCCUUGGUGGCUAACUGCUCCCCUUCCUCUGUGACGGCUUUUGACUUUAUAGAGAUCGACAUGGGGGUCAGUGAGAGGGAUGGGUGUUCUCUCCCAGUGGAAUUAUCUCCACCACCAGCCUUGCAGUUCAGGCACCCGUCCACCAGGAGACGCUACAUAGACUCUCCCCGCUGGCCUAUACAUGAUAUUAGCAUGGCCACAGGAGACCCUCUGCAGAUCUGA